UGUCCGUUGUUAUGUUUCUCUAGAGCUGCUCAAAAUUUCUAAGAAGUUCUCCAUUGGUUGUUGUUUUUAAUGCUGUGACCUGUAAGCUUCUGUGUUGAUGAAAGUUGUACUUAGUUAGAGUCCUUCAACUCCAUGACGUCCAGGCAUACGGAUUGAUAUUCAGCUGCCCAGGGCUAGCAGCCUCAAAGAUGCCAUGGAGCUUUCGAUCACUAUAGUUGAAUAGGAAUAGAGUUAAGCCAAUGUUGAUAUUCUUCACAUAUGAGAAAUGAGAAGCUGGUAAACCUGUUCAACAAGAUCAAGAGAAGAAAAGGUCCAUAUUAUCCAACUGUUGUGCAAUCUUCACCCAAUAAAAUAGCACUGAAACAAAAGUCUGAUCUGAAAUAAAAGACUAACCAAAUAACUGUUUGAAUAAGUGAAAUGCUUGCAUCCAAAAAUUACUGCUCCAAGAUUAGCCUUUCUCAGAUUCCUAGCUGUUGCACUACCAUUAACUGUUGAUAGGUGUUCGGUUUUCUCCUUUAGCCUGACUGUUGUUGUCUUUCUCCCAGCCCCCAUUAUUUUAUGGGAUUAAUGACCUGUCAGUCGAGGACCAAUGAUGUUGAAGUCUUGAAUUGUAAGAAUUGGUAAUCACAGUUCUCGGCGAACCUGCACACUAUGAUCAGUAAUGGUCAGUACUCAACAACCAAAAGAAAAAGACUAAAGGUCACACACGAAAUUUGUUUCUGCCUCUACCGUUAGCUCUAGGCUUUUCAAGAAUUAACUAAAGAAUAUUGAUGAGAAGAGUGAAUUAAGAUUGAUGCUAGCCGUCUCAAAUCCACAUGUAUCAGCGAAGAUAAGCAUGUUAAAGUACUUUCAUACUAUCACAAAGGAUGGAAUACUAGGUUCAAGUAGUUUUUAUGAGCAUUAACAAUGUUAAAGCAUGACAUGCAGGACAUUUAGGGAUGAAAUAACAGACAAGUAUUUCUUAUGAGCACAAAAGGUGGCCUUCCUGUUAAGAGCAUCUGGAAAAAUUACAAGUUCAACAAUGGUGGAAUUCAAAUGCACGAUGACUGCAUCAAAGUGUUUUCUUUUUUUUUCUUCUUUCUUUUGGUGAUAAGGUGAUUGCAUCAACUUCUUGUGAUAGCAGCUAGGAACCUUUGUGUAAGGUUGGCUUCAUAAAUGUUAACUAUGCUUUGAAGUAGAAACAAAAAACAAGUAACAUCAAUAGUAACUACGGUCAAGGUUCUAAAAUUGUACUUCUGUGUGUUUUAAUGACCAAAAUGAGUAAACAAAGAUGUCCAGAUAGUGAAAAAGAAUAUUCAUUCUAGGCAUAAGUCGGACAUGUCCUAUCUUGAGAUCAUGAAUUGAGAUGAAGAAGUAACCAUAAGUGCAUCAUAUGAACAAACACAGAAAGGACGAAGUAACCAAUAGAAACAUUUUGUACGUAGAUAGAGCUAACAGGGAGACAAUGGGAGAAUAUGCAAGUACAAUACCAUGGUUGUUACCAAGGAAGAGAAUGUGGUAAGGAAAAGAUUUUAUAGGAUGAUAAAACCCUCGGCUGAAUUAUUUCAAUUAUUGAUCACAAAUUUAUUGCUUGAGUUUUUGGAAUCUAUCUGAAUAAUUUUACUUGACCAUGGUACCAAUGAUAGACCAUGGAAGCUCACAAGCACGCUAAGGAAGAAGCCUCUAUAAAAGGAUGAAUUCAAGAAUGACUGAUGUUUGACAUAGAGGAAUCUAUCUUAAUAUCGCAAACAUGGAGUUGAACAAAAUGUAGCAGUGACAAAAUAAGGAGUAGUCAUACCAAAGGUGGGGGAGAUCGUAGCAAGGGCAAGGAGCAACACCCUCCCACCUAGAGCCAUGAUGCCAACAAGUUCGAUGGCAGGAAAUUCGAACGACAGGGUUAUGCCGAGAGGGAGUAGACCACAAAGGGUAGCGACUGCUAUAUAUGUGGAGGUCCUCACGGCUAUGCCAGAUGCCCGGAGAUGAAGAACCUUGGUGCCAUACUGUGGGAGGUAGACCACAGGAUCGACCUGGAGCCAGGAGCCAGGCUGCCUGCAUACCCACCAUACCGCAUGGCUCCACCCGAGUCAGAGGAGCUAAGGAAGCAGUUGAAGGAGCUCCUCGAGGCUAGUCAUAUCCGUCCAUCCAAGGCCUUAUGGCGCGCCAGUCUUGUUUCAAAAAAAGAAGGAUGGCUCGUUGCGCCUAUGAAUAGACUAUCGGGCGCUCAACAAGGUGAUCGUGAAGAACAAGUAUCCCAUCCCGCUCAUUGCCGUCCUGUUUGAUAGACUUGGACAAGCCAAGUACUUCACCUAGGUGGAUCUGAGGAAGGGCUACUACCAAGUGCGCAUAGCAGAAAAGGAUAAGCCGAAGACGACAUGUGUGACAAGAUACAGAGCUUACGAGUGGUUGGUGAUGCCCUUCGGCUUAAGCAACGCACCCGCUACUUUUCGCACACCAAUGAACAAGAUCUUCCAUCCCUACUUGGAUCAGUUCGUGGUAGUAUACUUGGAUGACAUAGUCAUUUAUAGUAACACCUUGGAGGAGCAUGUGGAACAUUUGAAGAAAGUGUUCCAAGUCUUGCGAGGAAAUGAGCUAUACAUCAAGCGGGAGAAGUGCGAGUUCGCCUAGCAUGAGGUGCACUUCUUAGGACAUGUUAUCAGCCAGGCAAGCUACGGAUGGACAAGGCGAAAGUUCGGGAUAUCAAGGAGUGAGAGGCACCCACAAAGGUAACCAAAUUUAGAUCUUUUCUUGGACUUGUUAACUAUUACCGCAGGUUCAUAAGUGGCUACUCUACCAAAGCCGCUCCACUAACUGAGCUAUUGAAGAAGAACAAGUCGUGGGAUUAGAGCGAGGAGUACAAGAAGACCUUUGAAGACCUCAAGGCUGCCGUGACAGAGGAGCUGGUCCUAACGCUGCCUGACUUCUCCAAGAAAUUCAAGGUGCACACGGAUGCUUCCCACUAUGCCAUUGGAGGAGUAUUGAUGCAAGAAAGGCACCCCAUUGCCUUUAAGAGCCACAAACUAAAUGAGAUGGAACGGCGGUACACCGUGCAAGAGUAGGAGAUGAUGGCCAUUGUCCAUUGCCUACGCAUGUGGAGGCACUAUCUACUUGGCUCCAAGUUCAUGGUCAAGACUGAUAAUGUGGCCACUAGCUACUUCCAGUCACAGAAGAAGCUCAACCCAAAGCAAGCUAGGUGGCAAGACUUCUUAGCUGAGUUUGAUUAUGAGCUAGAAUACAAGCCAGGCAAAGGUAAUGUUGUGGUCGAUGCCUUGAGCAGAAAGUUCGAGCUUGCUGCCAUCACUACAACAUACUGUGACAUUCAAGAUGCAAUCAGGUAUAGCCUGCAGCACGAUCCAGAGGCAAAGAGACUUAUGGAGCUAGCCACACAAGGCAAGUCGAGGUGCUUCUGGGUAGAAGACGAACUAUUGCUCACUGUCGGACGAAGGAUAUAUCUGCCUAAAUUCAAAACCAUCAGGCGGCAAAUCAUGAAGGAAAGUUAUGAUACAUUGUGGGCCAGACAUCCGGUGCAGCAUCGCACAAGGGCAUUCAUUGAGGCGAUUUACUAUUGGCCAUGCAUGCGGGAAGAUAUUGAAUGCUAUGUGCCGACUUGUCUUGUGUGCCAACAAGACAAGGUGGAGCAACAUCAACCAGGAGGACUCUUGGAGCCCCUGUUCGUAGCGGAGCGUCCAUAGGAGAGUGUGAUCAUAGACUUCAUCACUUGUUUGCCGAAGUCCGACGGGUAUGGGACGAUUAUGGUUGCGGCAGACAGGUUCUCCAAGUAUGCUAACUUUAUGCCCGCCACGGCAGGUUGCACUGCUUAGGAAGCUGCCAAGCUAUUCUUCAAAAAUGUGGUGAAGUAUUGGGGGUUACCAAGACACAUUAUUAGCGACAGAGACCCACGUUUCAUAGAGUUGUUCGAGAUCCUUGGCACGGAGUUGCAUUUCUCUACUAGUUUCCACCCGCAGACAGAUGACCAAACCGAGAAAGUCAAUGCCUUGCUGGGGUGCUACUUGAGGCACUUUGUGAGCUCUCAUCAGAAGGAUCGGGUGAGGUUAUUGGAUGUAGCUUAAUUCUCAUACAACUUGUAGCGGAGUGAGGCCACAAGGUGGAUGCCGUUUGAGUUAGCCACAGGCCAGCAGCCCCAAACUCCACAUUCACUAUCGGCCGCGUUUGAAGGCAAAAGUUUGGGGGCUUAUCACAUAGCCAAGGGCUUUGAAGAGCAGCUUGAUAUUGCCAAGUCCUACUUGGACAAGGCAACGAAGAAGAUGAAGAAAUUUGUCGACCGCAAGCGUCGCCUCAUGGAUUACAAAGUUGGAGACAUGGUCUUGGUUAAGUUCAACCUAAGGCAAUUCAAAGCAUUGCGAGGCGUGCAUCAAAACUUGAUGCGAAAGUAUGAGGGCCCGUUCAGGAUCGUUGCUAAGGUUGGCAAGAUCUCAUAUAAGUUGGAGCUACCACCGUAUCUCAAGGUUUAUCCCGUCUUUCAUGCUAGUUUCCUCAAGCCAUACCAUGAGGACAAGGAUGAUUCUAGUCGAGGAGAAUCAAGUUUGGUGCCAAUCACAAUCACCGCCUCCCAUGACCGAGACAUUGAGGCUAUUGUGGACUACCAAGCCAAGCAAAAACGGGCACAACAAGCCACUGCCAUGUUUGUUGUCUCCUUGUCCACUGGAAGGGAUAAUCUCCGGAGGAGGCCACAUGGGAGAGAUAUGAAGACUUGUGGCAGUUCAAUGACAAAGUUCGGGAGUUCUUGCAGUAGCAGUGUGCUGCGGUCGUCGCUACAUUAGGUGGGGGGGAAUGUCAUGACCCUCCACUUGAUCAUGAAUAAGGGAAAAGAAUCUAGAGUCUUGGGGAGGUUAAUGAAAGACUCUAGAUCCUUGUAAAAUUUUGUAGAGAAGUCUUCAAUGACCUAGAGUCCUCUAGAGUGUGUAGAGAAUUCUAGAUUAGGGAUUUCUUUGUAAAUAUGGAGGGACUUGUAUAGUAAUUUUUAUUUACUCUUAAGCCCCAUAGGAGUAGUAUAAAUAGAGGGGUCCAUUCAUUUGUAAGGCAUCAAGAAACAAGCAAUCUUCCAAAAGCAAUACAAAGCCUUCAUAAAAGCUCUCUCGUCUUUCUUUUAAUCUAGUGUUCCCUUAGUGAUCUAGUCUAAAAGGCUUACUUGAGCUUGCAAGAUCGUGAAAGAUUCGUGAGUAAGUUGUCAAGUGCCGCACGGAGGUCUUAGUUGAAGUCUAAGUCCGUGACACUAAGAUAUGCAGUAUAGAUGUUCUCUUGUAGUGAACUGGAAACUGUUUCCAGUGGUGAUCUUUUACCCCCCCCCCCCUAUGCAACUUUUCCUAUUUCAUUCCUAUAACACAGAAAUGACUUGACAUGUUCCUAACGGAUAAUAAGCCAUCUAACUCUUCUCUUAAUAGUCCUGACUGAAAAUAAAUAGUCCCUAUGUCAAAUUUGAUGGUUAAAAUGGCAUGGAGUGUCAGUAGUAUUUUUCAAGGGUUACAUAUAGAUCUACAUGUUACUUUUUGGGUUUUCAGUAGUAGGAUAUGAAAAUCAUUUUAAUAUGAAGAGUAAUGUGGUUUACAUAGAGCUUUUAAUGUUGCAUGGCAUAUUUUCAUACUUUAAGAAAAUGGAAGUUAAAUAAGUUUGAAUUGAAGGCAGUAUUGAGCUUUGUGUCUCCCCAAGAAUACUUUAUAUAUAGAGUCAACAGCAAUAAUAUAGCGUGUUAGAUAUGUUUCACUUUUGAGCUCAGCAAAUACCAAUGUUAAUUAUGCAUUAAAUCAUAUACUUCCGGAGAGGCAGUGUCUGUUUUGAGAAGAUCUACAAGGGUUUCCAAAUAAUUUUCAUGGUUUACUAUAGUUAUGGCUAUUGUGUUGAAAUACCUGGUGUUUAUGUCCGUUAGUCGUGAACUCUCCCGAAAAUCAUCUAUUUGUAUCUGUGUGUUUGCACAUAGUUCUGAGAGGUAGUUUACUGAGGUCCUCUCUGUGCCACAGAACAUAAAAGUAAGAAAUAUUGAAGCUAAUGCUAAACCUGUUAUAGUAAAUUGUGACCUCCUUUUUUUGUUGAAUUAUAUGAGCUUUCAGUUCAUCAAGUUUAUUUAUUUGU